UCAUUGUGGUAUGUCUCAUCAUCACUUGUCUUAUUUAUCUGAGUUCACUUAGAAGCAGAAACUAGCUGCAUUAACAAUCUGUUUAAUGCCAUUCUGAAUGAAAUUAUUGAACAUAACACUCUGGAAAUCAAUAAAUUGUUCAUUAGUGUAUUGGUGGGUACAAGAUAAUUAGCAGGUACCAAAACUGUUUCAUGAUUUGUAAUUAAAACUGCUAUUUUUUGUUGCUAGUACUAUUAUUUUAUGUUAGUUUUAUGAAUGGAAAAUCCUUUAAGUUUUCCUAUCUGUACAAAGUGUAUUAAUUAUAUUUUUCCUCCCUUAGAAUGUAGGAAAAGGGUCAUUGUGGUGUAUUGACCCUGAGUUCCGUCCUAAUCUUAUACAGGCCUUACAAAAAGCUCCUAGCAUGGCAAAUGUGGAAUUCAGUCAUUUUUCUUGUAUGUCACCUUCUUAUUGUCAGAAUGGAAAAUUAGAAAGUGAUGUCAAGCCAUGUCUUUUAGUUUCCUCUCAGCAAGCUUUACAGAUUCCUUCUCCUGAGCUUUUUCCAUAUCUCUCUCGGCGCCUUGCAAACAGUAUAAAAGAUCCGGAAGUUGAUGCUGCAGCCACAAUGCUCACUUUGAAAAAUGGUCCAAGUGUCACAGUUCAGCAUGUCAGUGAAGAUUCUGAGAGUGAUAUCAUUCAAUGCAAUCAUAGGUUUCUUCGUAAAAGAUUCCGCCUUAAGCAAGGACCUCAACAUUGUGGUGCAAAGAGGAGUAAAACUUGCAAACCUGUUAUAACUAACAGCCCUAGUGAAGACCACACCUAUAGUGCCUGCCUGGAUCAACAAGACUGUUGCCCUAGUAUUAAUCCUGCAUCUGAUGAAGAUGGACAGCAUUGGUCUGAUGACAGUAAAAAUACCAUUGAAGAAAUCUGCCGUUCAAAUGAUGCUAACAUUUCUUCGAAACAGGGAAUAUUCUCCCGAAAAAAUGAAGAAGAAGAAGGAGCUCAUGCUCUAAUGAAUUUGGCUGAGAUAGCAUCAAAGAGAUUGUUACGUAAAGUAAACAUCAAGGGUUCGUGAGUAAAAUGUUUUGCAAAUCAUACAUUGGUUCAGUACAAUCAUCUUGAAGAUAUUCCUUGAGAAUAAUUGCUUGAGAUUAAAAGUUUACAUGUUUGUUUCUGUGUGUGUCUUGUAUUUUCUGUCAUUAGCUUCGUUAAAAAUGCCAGUUUGCAGAGUUAAUGUACAGAAAUCUUUUGAUGAGCAUUUAUUGAAUAUUUGAAUAACUUUCAUUCAUAGUUAAUUUAUUGUGAAAUGAAAGGAAAAGCUUUCUGAUUCUUGUUUUAUUAUAUGUAAUUUUUGUAGUAUAGUUUAAUAGCUUGAUAUUUUUAAUACUUUAUGUGCAUAUCAUUGCAUUCAAAUUGAGAGAAAUUGUAUUUGAUCUUCUUAAAUACUGUGCUCAUUUGAUAGCUCAAUUGUUGGGGCAAAGUAUUUUAUUAACAGAAUGAAAAUUGCAUUAUUUGUAUGCUGAUUCAUUUUACUAAAGCCUCUAUUUGAUUAUGAAGUGAAAAUUUUACUUGUUGUUUACUGGUUAAAAUGUAUCUAAAUGAUACAUAAAAAAAAAAUUGAGUGCCUAUUGAUGCAAUAAACUAAUGAUUUACAUGUGCACCUACAAAAUACAGAUGCAUUAUGUUUUGGUGCAUAAUUUAUUAACCUUGCAAAAUGGCUACUUAUGGUUGUUUAUGUUUCUUACUUUAAAUAUAAAGAAGCCUGUUUGUGUUUUGAUUGAAAUUUUCUUUUAUUUGACUCUUUUCAUUUUGAAAUGCCUAUAAAUUUAGGGAAAAUAUAUAUUAAGUGGUUUAUUGAAUACUUUUUAUUCUUGUAUGAAUAUAUGUGUUUAAUACUUUUUAUAAUUAGGGGCAUAUCAUGAUUUAGGCAGCUGCCUAAAUGUUUUUUCUCUAAAUAUAAUUUAUUGUGAUUAAAGUAACUGAAACUAGAUUUGAUUUUGUAAGCAUUGGAACAAUUUAUAUAUUUUUUUUUCCUAAGCAUAUCAUGCUUGUUUACAUAAUUUAACCUCCUCCCUGCUAAAUUAUAAUGUAUUUAUUAUUUAACCUCCUCCCUGCUAAAUUAUAAUGUGUAGAAUGUGUUUGAUAUUUCUGAAUGUAUGAACAUUCAUUGAUGAUAAAUUAAUUGAGAUAUUUAAAAAGUCAUGCUGUCAAAAAAGUACUUAGUAAUGAAAAUAAAAGUACUUUGAAAGGCACAAAUAUGCUUUCUAAAUAUGAUGAAUGUUAUCUUCAGUUUUAAAGAAUAUACUAUUAUAUUUAGAUAGCUGUUGUCAAUGCUUAUAUUACAUAUUUCAAAAUUAUGUAACAAAAUUUCUUUGUGUCUUAAAUACAAUUUUGAUUUUGAGCUUACUAUUAUAUUUUUUAUAAUUGAACUGUAGGAAAGUCUCUUAAUGAUGAAAUUUUACCUGUGACUAUAUAUAAUAAGCAAUAAUAUAAUUAUAUUUCUUUAAGUAAUCUGGUGUGGUAAAGCUUUAUAAUAAAAUUUUAAUAGUUACAUACAACGUAAUGAUAUGCCUCAAAUAAAUUCUUUGCUUCAUUUUAGUGUUUUGUAUGUUCUGUAGUAUGUAGUGUAUAUAUCUGUUUCCCCCUAGAGCUCAAAGUUGUUGAUAGGAGGAGUGACAUUUGAAUCUCAAAUCAGUUUUAAUUGACUUUAAUGAUUAAGUUUAUUUAUUUUUUAGUUAAAUAUCAUAUUACCAAUGUCUUCCAUAAUUGAACUCUUGUAAAAGAAAUCUAAAUUCUGAGAUCAGUGUAUGUUUUUUUUAAAAAUUGUUUCCUGAAUGUGAGUAUAGUGAAAUACAUGAAUCAUUAUACUUAAAAGGAAACUGCAACUAUGUAGCAUUUCUGAAAAAUGUAUAUUUUGUUGAAAAUUAUUUGCUCAUUUUAAGUUUGGUUUUAUUGAAGCUUGUAUUGUUAAAACUUUUUUUUAAUUCUAUAUCUUGUUGUUGUUUCCACUGUAAUGUUAGUUAUGAAUAUUACAGAUUUCUCAUGCCAAAAAUAUUGUUUCAAUAAUACUAAACAUGAUACUGUGAAUUAUAUUAAAAAUAUAGGGGUAUUUUAUUGUUUUCAGUUUAAUGUUUAUAGUAUUAUUAGUGAAUAAAGUAACAGUUUUAAAGAUAAAUUUCUUUGAAGAUAAAAUGAUAUAAUUUUUUAAAAUUUUUAAUCCACCAUAGGUAGCACUAGCUUUCUUUCGCUGUAACUUAAAAUGUUGCUGAAUUUUGUUUAAAUAUAUUUAUUUGUGUUUUUAGUAAUAGCUGAAAUUAUUUUUUUUGACUGAAUAAAAUUAUAAUUAUACAUUUAAAAAAAUCGAUAAACUAUUGUAACUGAAUGUUUAAUUAUUGAUCCCUAAAACAUUAGUCUGUGAUCAGUAUAAAAAUUGGGUAAACGUUUCUUAACAAUUUUUGCUGAAUGAUUUAAUAUUUAUCUGGUUAAAAUCAGUUAAUAAAUAGAAUGUGUAUUUUUAUGUGAUUAAUAUAGUUUGGCAAAGGAAGAAUUUUUCAAAUGUGUUUAAGCUGAUGACUUUCUGAUUGUGUGAUAAUUUAAUAAUUCUUUUUCAGCCUUAGUUAGACGUUGAAUGUGAUUAAAUAUAAUGUACAAAUUAUGAUGAAAUACUCCAUUUUUUUACUUUAAAUUUUAUUUAGAGUGUUAAUAAUAUAAAUAAAAACAUUACAUAUUUUUAUGUGUGUGCUUUUAUUAUUUGUAAUAAUAUUCUUGUGUUUAAUUUUGAUUUCCUGUAUUGUUACAUACAUGUAUUUUCUGUAAUACUGACUGAAUGUUGUUUCUGACUGAGAUCAUAAAUCAUGUAAUCCAAGUAUAUAAUUCAGUAGUGACCCUCAUAUCUGUGGAUAUACUUUUAAGAAAACUGGAUAAAGCAAACAUUAUAUAAAGUAGGAUGUUUCUAUAAAAUUCAUAAAUGCAGUGAUAUUGAUAAAUUUUGCAUUGUAAUAUGCAGUCAACAUUAAAUAAAUUAAUGUAUAUUAUACAUUAAGUUAUGUUACAUACUUUUCUACCAAAUAAUAUAAUGCAAAACACACUGUGUACUACAGUUAAUUUUCUAAUGCUUGGUUUCUUUAAAAAUAAGGGAUCAUAAUUCAUAAAAGAUUUGUGAGGGAUAAAAAUAUUCAGUUCAAGGAAUGGUAGAAAUUAAAAUAUCAUCGUUUUUUCUAACAAAGCAAUCUAAUAACUAAUUUAAUUCAUUUGUUUCUGAUUAGAAUAGGGAGAAUGCUAGACAUUAGAGACAGAUUUAACAGAGAAGUAGGGAUAUAAAAAUUAAGAAAUACGAGUUGAAUACUGUGAUCACUUACAAUCAUGAUCUCUUGGCAGUAUAUUUAUCAUAAUUAAGAAGGAAAUCUGCAGAGAAAUGCAGAGACCUAAAAAGAGACUAGCAAGGUGAGAACGUGCAAAAGAUCUGGAGUGACAAUUUUCAUUUUCUAUUCUGAAACGAGCAUCCAAAUUAUUAUUAUCAGAAAUUGCAUGCUUGAACUACUAUAUUUUGCCAUAUUAUAGCCUGUCAUGCAUUUUGGAAUUUAAACCAGUAUUUUUAGGGUUAAGUUACUGUAACCACAGAUAUUGGGGUACAACUUACGUUUUACAAAUUCAAAGGUACAGAAGAAUGGAAAUGUAUCUGAACAAAUACUUUUUAAUAUAAGUUAGUAUUCUUGUUCAUUUUAAUAACUGUAGCUUUAAAGAGCAAACUUCUGAUUCAAAUGUAACCUGCAGUGUGUAGAAAGUGCAAAGUUGUGUCAUUUUAUACUCUUUAUGAGCAAAUCACGCAUUGACAUGAAAUAGCAUUUUUUACUGUUUGUAACAUAAUACCUGUAUGCUAGCUGUGAUAUCUAUUUCUGAAUUAUUAGUGCUGAAUCCUAUGCAACAAAAAACUUUUCAGCACAUCUCUUUUCAUCUAACUUUAUAAGUUUAUUAAUCUUAUUUUAUGUAAAGAAACUUCUAAUUUAUAUUUUAUUCUGAAACAUUUCUAUCUGAAAUGUUUUUCCCUACCUCAGUAUAGUUCUGCAGUUUUCGUAGCUUUUCAGCAUUAAAUAUUAUUAUGAUGUCAGAAAAAAAAUCUUGCAUAGCAAAUUUUACACUGAUUUCAGAAUGUUUAAAAUUAUUAUUAUUAUUUUUUCUCUUUCAAUCAGGUAUCUCAAAUGUCUCUUGCAUUAUGUUGACAAACUAGUUGAUACUAGUUUCAUAUUCAUGUAAUUUGUAUUCAGUGAUGUAAUAAUAUAUAUUAUUAUACAAAAUGUCAUAUUCUAACACAAAUUGCCAAAAGAAGAAAGAAAAAAAAGUGACAGCAUAGGAAAUUAAAAUGUUAUUUUUAGCCACAUUUUAAUGUGUCUUUCAAAUUGCUGCUGUGAUUUGUUUAUCAUUGUUGCAAAAGUUGUUGGGAUGUUUCUUAAUAUCUUAUUAUUUCUCAGUGUCAAAAGAUUGUUACAAAAUAUUUGUAUUUUGAAUAGCAACUUGCAUGCUAUGGUUUUAUUCUUAUUUUUAAAUGACAUUCAUUAUUAAGAUUGUAUAUUUUCCAAACUCAUUUCAUUAAAAAAAAUAGAGGAAAGAGAAACACAGUAUGAAUGGUGAAAUCAUGAGUGGUAGCACAGGCCCAAACCCAAUAGUUUAUAAACAUAUAUAUAUGGAGAGAGAUGUCUCAUUUAUAGUUAUUUUCAAUAUAUUAUUUCUUUCCUCAAGUGAAUUGCUUGGUUUGAAUGUGAAACAGUUUUAUGAAUUUUAAUUAUCAAACUAUUAUAGUUAAAAAACUUACUUACGUAAAGUUGUGGUUAAUAGUGCUCAGUUUCAUAAAAUUUCUAUAAUUAUUUCAUUCUUAUGAAUACAAAAAUUAUUUUAAGUUGCCUUCUCCCAUUAUAGUUUUCAUAUUCACAGUAGGUUAGAAAUGCAUACUUUUUUAUAAAUGGUGGAAAAAGUAAUUUUUUUUUUCUGUAACUGAUAUGUAUACAUUUUAACGUACAUUUAUUAUAUGCAGUCAUGCAGAGAUACGUGAGAUUUCUGAUUGAAAUAUUUACCUUUUGUGUUGAUAUCUUGUUGUAAAUAAAAUGUUUAAAAAAUUGUCUUUAAAAUGGUUAUUCAAAUUGCUCAGUGAAUUAAAUUAUUAAUAUUUUCAUUGUAAAAUUAAUAACAUUUUCUAAAAAUUUUAUUAAGCAUUCUUUUUCUUGUUAUUUCAGUGUUUUAUUUUUUAUAGGAAUUAAAUUAUUUCCUUAUUCUAAGCAAUAAAAACUCAAGUAAGAUAUUUUCCUAUGUAUAUCUUAUGAUACUUGCCAAAUAUGCAAAGUUAUUGUUUUUCGAAGAAGUUAUAUAAAAAUGUGUAAAAAGUGUCAUUUUCUGUGAUGUACUGUGUGUUUUGAUUUCUUGUAAUCUACUUUUAGGUCAUUAAUCUAGCUUUCUGUUUUACAGAUUUAUUAUUUUUUAAUAUUACUACAUUAUUGCUUUUUUCUAUAAUUGCUAUAAAUGUAUACCAUGACUAUUUUAUAUUAGUUUCUAGAUUUCUGUAGCAGUGUUUUUGAUUAGCUGUCUUUAUAUAGAAAUUAAUGCACAUUAUUUUUCAAAAAUCAUAAAAUAUUUCUAAAAUGAUAAAUUUGAUCAUAAUUUUAGAAUAAAAGUAUGAUAAUUAUAUUAAUAUGCUAAAAAGAUUUUAAUUUGAA